CGCUUGAAGACUAAACAUGAUGUCGAUUUAUCGAAACAGUACAUACGCAUGUGCGGCGUAGGUUGUGUUUUUUUGCAGCAAGUAAUCGUACUUCUACAAAUAUUUAACAUCUUUUUCAAUAAUUGAAUAUAUUUAAUCAAAAUUCAAGAUGGGUAUGGCCAAGCAUGCUCAAUUUCUUGGUCGGACAAUUAUGGUUCAAAAUAAUAAUUUAGAGAAAGCUAACCGUUUAUUGAACAGUAUACUGUCAAAAGAAGGUGUUUUUGAGCAAUACAGACGUACUAGAUACUAUGAGAAACCUACCCAAACAAGAAGAAGGAUUAAUUAUGAAAAGUGUAAAGCUAUUUAUUGUGAAGAUAUGACUAGAAAAAUCCAGUUUAUUUUAAGAAAAAAUAGAGAAAAUCCAUUUCCUGGCAGUGAGUAAAUUGCAUCUUGAGAGUCAUCUAUAAGUUUGUAUCCAUACAAUGUGGUGGUAAAUAUCUUUAUUUCAUCUGUAUUCUGUACAAAUUACUAAAAGGUAUUAAAUAUAGUAAAAAUA